UCGUCUCUAUGGUGGCGGCGGUUUGGAGGGACCCUGCGAACCAGGAGUCAGGCGAGCCGAUCUGGGGGCUGCGGGUGUUACUUCUGACCUAGGCCGGGGGCUUCAGGGAUCCGAGCCGAGGGCACCCCAUCCUGUGACCCAGUAUCAGGCAUCUUCCGAAAUGCUCGAUGAUAGCCUCCCUCGGACAUCUCCGCUGCGUCUGUUUGUAGCGCGCCUGGUGAUUCGGAGGCACCUCCCUACGGGAUGUACCGCCGGGAGCGCUCCAUUCCCCUUCGAGGCUCGGCCGCCCCCCUGUGCAACAACCUCAGUGUGCUGCAACUGUCGGCUCGCAAACUCACGUAUUUUGGUGUGGUUCAUGGACCAAGCGCCCAGCUUCUCAGCGUUGCUCCUGAGGGUGUGCCCUUGGCCCAGCGCCAGCUCCACGCUAAGGAGGGUGCUGGGGUGAGGCCCCCACUUAUGACUCAGGUCCACUGGUGUGUCCUCCCCUUUCGAGUGCUGCUGGUACUCACCUCACAUCGAGGAAUACAGAUGUACGAGUCCAAUGGCAACACCAUGGUCUACUGGCAUGCACUGGACUCUGGAGAUGCCUCCCCAGUACAGGCUGUGUUUGCCCGGGGAAUUGCUGCCAGUGGCCACUUCAUCUCUGUGGGAACAUGGUCAGGCCGGGUGCUGGUGUUUGACAUCCCGGUCAAGGGUCCCAACAUUGUACUGAGCGAGGAGCUGGCUGGGCACCAGACACCAAUCACAGACAUUGCCACCGAGCCUGCCCAGGGACAGGAUUGUGUGGCUGACAUGGUGACGGCAGAUGACUCAGGCUUGCUGUGUGUCUGGCGGUCAGGGCCAGAAUUCACAUUAUUGACCCGCAUUCCAGGAUUUGGAGUCCCGUGCCCCUCUGUGAAGUUGUGGCAGGGGAUCAUAGCAGCAGGCUAUGGGAACGGACAAGUGCAUCUGUAUGAGGCCACCACAGGAAAUCUGCAUGUCCAGAUCAAUGCCCAUGCCCGGGCCAUCUGCGCCCUGGACCUGGCUCCUGAGGUGGGCAAGCUACUCUCUGCAGGUGAGGACACCUUUGUGCAUAUCUGGAAGCUGAGCAGAAGCCCAGAGAGUGGCUACAUUGAGAUGGAACACUGUCAUGGUGAGUGUGUUUCUGACACCCAGCUGUGUGGUGCUCGAUUUUGUGAUUCCUCGGGCAGCUCCUUUGCCGUGACUGGCUAUGACCUUGCGGAGAUCCGGAUAUUCAGCAGUGUGUGAGAAGAGCAGCCUUCCUUUGUCCCUGUGGUAUUCAUAAAGUACCCACUCCACCCAG